CGCUGAGCUUUCCUCUGGGUUGCUGGUGUCUGCUCCGCGCCCUUCCUUCGCGUCAGUUUCGCUUGCAUCAGGCGCGGGAGCAUCACGUGGUGCUCAGCUAAAGCUACAGCUAGUUCGAGCCCAGCUGUUUUGGGGAUACAUUCGAAGGGCUUUCACGAGAAACUUGCAUCUCGGACCAAGCUUUCUGGAAGCAGAGAAAAAGAAAAAAACGGCCAUAAAAUCUGCCAGAAACCGACCGCUCCUUUCUUCAGCUGAGAGAACGUAUUCGCUCUGUGAUCGGGAAAGACCGGAAUUCCAAUAGUCGCCUGCGGUGUUAGUGGCGGUGCCGGCCUUUGGAAAUCGUGUGUUAGGUGACUUUCGCUUGACUGCGCCGCUUUAGCUCCGGCCCCUGUCGCGGCUCCUGUGUCAUGUGUUGUGCUUCGGACGGCGCGUCCGUACUUUGAACGGAAUUAUGUGCCAUAUGUGUGAGUGAGUGUUCCGCGAAGGAUACAUUUUCCUUCCUCGGUCUUAGCGCCUCAGGAUUUUGAAUUCUUGAAUUUUUUUUUUGUGACACUAGGAAUACCGUGACGAUGUGUCUGAUUGCGGUUUCUUCUUCACUGUGUGCGCAAUGACGUGACAACAAUGGAAAGUGUCCUUCCCAAAAUCCCACUUGCAAUCUACUGCGCUGCUCUCACCACUAUGGUCCUUCUCGCCAAAGGUCUCACCAUGUGCGACUGCGGUCCAGGGCAGUUCGCCUGCACCAGCUUCGCCGAAGAAGGGAGCAACUGCAGCUGCAUACCGGCGAGAUGGCACUGCGACUCGGACGACGACUGUGGCAACGGCAGCGACGAGCUAGGAUGCGCUCCCAUCUGUCAACCGGAAGAAGCGCUGUGCCAAAACGGUCGCUGCAUACCAAAGCCGCAAUGGUGCGACGGCAGCAAAGACUGCACCGACGGCAGCGACGAGGCGGACUGCGCACCGCGAAACUGCACUCACGAUGAAUUUGAAUGCGACAACGGCCGCUGUAUUAACAAAUCCUGGCGUUGUGACGGUUACGAUGACUGCGGAGACACCACGGACGAGAUUUGUCCUGUCCGGCUCUGCGGGGAAGCCGAAUUCCGCUGCAUGACGGGUGGUUGCAUCUCGCUAGCCUGGCGCUGCGACAAGGACAUCGACUGCGUCGACGGCUCGGAUGAAGGUGGCUGCACUGCUUUCACGUCUAACCUGUGCCUGGAGGAAGAUUUCCAGUGCCGCAGUGGCCGCUGUGUAGGCAUGAAUUAUCGCUGCAACGGGGACAAUGACUGCGGUGACUGGUCCGACGAAGAAGGCUGUGAGGGCAAGAGUGCGUGUCAGGAAGGAGAGUUCCGGUGCGAGGACGGCUUCUGCAUCAACGUGGACUGGAAGUGCGACGGCGACGCUGACUGCGAUGACCACUCGGACGAGCGCGACUGUCCGCCUCGCCAGUGCGCCGCGCACGAGUUCCAGUGCCUGUCCGGAAAAUGCAUCCAGCUCGAGUGGCGCUGCGACGGUGACUUCGACUGCUCCGACAACAGCGAUGAGGACGGAUGCGUCGGGCGAGAGGUUGCCUGCGACCCUGGCCACUUCCGUUGCCUAGACGGCACGUGCAUUGUGGAGCGACUCGUCUGCAACGGGACGCCAGACUGCCCUGACCGCUCGGACGAAGCCCAGAACACGACCUGCAACUUUCUGCUUCGUUUCCCACACAUAGAAACGAGCACUCCAUGCCGAGAGGAUGGCUUUCCCUGCCAGCACCAGUGCAUGGCCACCGCCACGGGUCAGCGCUGCUCCUGCAAGGAGGGAUACCAGCUGGCGCCAGACGGACGCUCCUGUCUCGACGUGGACGAGUGCACGUACGAAGGCACCUGCAGCCAGGCGUGCGUGAACACCGUGCCGAGCUUCCAGUGCCUUUGCAAGGAGGGCUACAGGCUACGGGACGACAAGCGACACUGCAAGGCUCAAGGUUCGGAAGCGUACGUGGUGUUCGCUAACGGGGCCGACAUACGUCGCAUAACGAUGGACAAGUCGGAGUACACCUCGGUGGCCGCCAAGCUUCAGAAUGCCGUGGCCCUGGACUACCACCUAGCACUCGACACGCUCUUCUGGUCCGACAUUACGGUGGACGUUAUCAAGGCGUGCAGCCUGAGCAACUGCACUGCCGACAGCGUGCGCACCGUCGUUUCGCGCGGACUGGGCAACCCGGAUGGACUGGCCGUGGACUGGCUCAUGGAGCGCGUCUACUGGACUGACUCGGGUAUGGGUCGCGUCGAGUCCGUUGGCGUGGACGGCCACCAGAGAAGGGCCCUCGUCUGGAAAGACCUGGACAAGCCGCGAGCCAUCGUUGUCUACCCGCAGUACUCGAGCGUGUUCUGGACGGACUGGGGCGCGCGACCACGCAUCGAGCGCAUCUACACGGACGGAUCGGGUCGGCGCGCCAUCGCGGACACAUCGUUGUUCUGGCCUAACGGGCUGACGAUCGACUACGGCAGUGACCGCAUCUUCUGGGCCGAUGCCAAGCACCAUCAGAUCGAGAGCGCUGACCUGGACGGUGCUAACCGCAAGAAGGUCAUAGAAGCUGGUCUGCCGCACCCAUUUGCAGUAACAAUAUUCGAGGACACGCUCUACUGGACUGACUGGCAAACCAAGAGCAUCCACACUGCCACAAAAUUCGGUCAACACGAGCCGUCCAUAUUCCACCCAAAGCUGUCCUUUCCCAUGGACAUCAAAGUAGUCCAGAGUCUGCGCCAGCCAGACGGAUCGAAUCCUUGCACCCUGAGCGACAUCAAGUGCAGCCACAUGUGCGUUUCCAACAACGAGACCGCCUCCUGUGCGUGUCCGAGUGGCCUGCACCUCCAGGCGGAUGGUCUCACGUGCGUUGAAAAACCGGACUCGUUCCUGCUCUUUGCUCACCGUGGUGACAUUCGUCGGCUCUGCCUAAACUGCACGGAUGACGUUGACGUCACGAUACCACUUCGAAGCGCAAUCAGCGCCGUUGAUCUCGACUGGGACGCGACUACCGACAUGAUAUUCUGGACUGACGUCACGCACCACUCCAUCCUGAAGGCCAAGUGGAAUGGCGACGGUCAAGAGGUUGUGGUCGGCACGAACGCGGAAAGCGUGGCCGGCCUCGCCUUGGAUUGGGUGAACCGGAAGCUGUACUGGACGGACGCGGCAAACGAUCGGAUCGAAGUGGCCAACCUGGAUGGCAGCCACCGGGCAGUGCUUAUCUAUGACGGCUUGGACAAGCCGCGCGGAAUCGUUGUGGACCCAAUCCGAGGCUACAUGUAUUGGACGGAUCUGGGCGACCUGCCCAAGAUUGAGCGUGCAAGCAUGGCCGGCCAGCAGAGGUCUGUCAUCGUGCAGCACAAUCUGACUUGGCCCAACGCGUUGGCCAUGGAUUAUUCCACCGAGACGCUGUACUGGACCGACGGUGCCACCAAAACGAUAGAACUCAUCCACAUUGCGACCAUGAAGAGGAAGGUUCUCAUGUCCCAAGACCUUCCUCAUCCGUUCGGGCUUACGGUGUUCGACGGCCGCGUCUACUGGACCGACUGGGAGAAGAAAGCCAUACUAUCUGCAGACGCCGCGACGGGCGAAAACAGGAGAACCGUCCUGCCAGGCCGCGAUGGCCUCCGCAACAUACUUGUCUUUCAUCGCAACAGACCUACAGUACCAAAUGCAUGCUCGUCGAAUAACGGCGGCUGCAGCCACAUGUGCCUUAUCGCGCCCAAGCCAAAGGGCUUUCUCUGUGCCUGUCCCACUGGGACGAUACUCCUCAACGACACUAAAACAUGCUCAAGAGGAAUGAGACGUUUCCUUAUCUUCUCUCGUAGAACGGAAAUACGAAAAAUGUCUCUCGACGUGCCUUACUGGGCAGAUGUUGUUGUUCCGCUCAGAAAUCUACGAAACGUCGUCGCCGUCGACGUCGACACGACUGAUGAACAAAUUUACUAUGCCGAUGCCGAACGCCACGUCAUUCAAAGCUGUGAUACAGACGGACGCCGCGUUAAGGACGUGGUCUCCUUUGGUUUGGAGACACUUGGAGGCCUCGCCAUAGACACCAUUGGCCGCAAGCUCUAUUGGACAGACUCUGGCAGGAGCCUUAUCGAAGUAUCGGAGCUGGACGGAAAGCACAGGCAUGUGCUUGUCUGGAAAGAUGUCGACAGCCCACGCGCAAUCGUGUUGCAUUAUGAAAAAGGUGCUAUGUUUUGGACCGACUGGGGAAACAAGAUCCGCAUCGAAACAGCAGAUAUGGACGGGGAGAACAGAGCCCUUCUGGUACAAGACGGCUUGGGUUGGCCCCAUGGGCUUACCAUUGACAAAGAUUCAUCCCGACUUGUGUGGGCUGAUGCGAAACUGCACGUUAUUGAGUCAACUAGCCUUGACGGAAGGAAUCGCAAGGUACUUGCGCGAGAUGUCGCCCACCCGUACGGAGUGCUGGCGUUCUCCGGACACCUGUACUGGACCGACUGGGAGACAAAAGCCAUCCAUCGAUCUGACACGAUGGGCCAGAACGGACAGACGAUUAGGGCUAACUUGGCCGGCCUCAUGGACAUACAUGGCGUAAACACCGAGUACACCGGCAUCAACGUGUGUGGGAGGACCAAUGGAGGGUGCAGCCAUUUGUGCCUCAGAAAGCCUCACGGGUAUUCGUGUGCGUGUCCAACUGGAAUCCUCCUAAAAUCUGAUGACAGAACUUGUUACGAAGCGCCUUCUGCAUUUUUGUUAUUCGCCAACCGUGGUAGCCUUCGGAAGAUAUCCUUAGACACUGCCGACAACACUGACAUGCAUCUACCUCUGAAUGAUGUCUACAACGCCGUGGCGGUCGACUUCAACUAUAAUGAAUGGAAGCUGUACUAUACGGAUGUAACUCUUGACGUAAUAAGGAGAGUGGAUUUAAACGGUACUAAUGUGGAGGUCAUCAUAGACAAUGACUUAGAAGCUGCCGAUGGUUUGGCACUAGACUGGAUAGCGCGAAACAUCUACUGGGCUGACUCGCGACGGAAGACAAUAGAGGUCGCCCGAGCGGAUGGGUCAAGCCGCAAGCUUUUGAUAAACCUUGACCUGGAUGAGCCGCGUGCGCUCGCAUUGUUUCCCGAAAAAGGGUACAUCUUCUGGUCGGACUGGGGCAAGCUUCCGAAGAUUGAGCGCUCAUUUUUAGACGGUAGUGCAAGAAGAGUCAUCAUAGCCACGGACCUUGGCUGGCCCAACGGAUUGGCUAUUGACUACGAGACGGAGAGGCUGUACUGGGUCGAUGCCCAGCUAGACUGCAUCGAAUUUUCGGACCUCAACGGCAAAAGCAGGCAAAAGCUGAUUGAAGGCGUGUCGCAUCCCUUCGGACUAACUCAGUACCAAUCUUACAUAUACUGGACGGACUGGCAUACGAAGGCCAUUGAAAAAGCUCACAAGGACACAGGUGCCGAGCGUGUCAUCAUCCGGGACAAUAUCGAGUACCUGAUGGAGAUCAAAAUGGUGGCAAGAUCCAGGCAGACUGGUACAAACUCCUGCAGCGUCAGGAAUGGUGGGUGCUCUCACCUAUGCCUGUACAGGCCACAUGGACACAUCUGUGCCUGCCCCAGCCAGCCAGAUUCAAGGCAUUGCUCAACAUUUCCAGACAUGACGACACCAAGCGAAUUACCAACAAUUUCGACAGUACUUCCAUCGGCCCUACCAAAUGCAUCGAGUGCCGGUUGCAGUUCGUCUGACAUGGCAGGAGGAAAAUGUCACGUCAUAGGAUUCAAAUUUUACGAUCCAAUGUUUCAGAGCACGUAUAUUGCUCUCGGUGUCGUUGGAGGAGCACUUGUGCUGCUUCUGUUGGGAGCACUGUUGCUAUGGUGCAAGAAAAUUAAGAGCAACCGCUCACUGGAACGGGUACAAGCGCCGCACAUGGCCCGCUACUCUAAUCAUUCUCCCGGUCCCGCUGACUACCUCGACAAGAAACCCUGGGGCUGGAGCCCCAAGGUCCGCUAUGAUAAUCAUGAGCCCGCACUCGUUGGCAUCGGCGGCAAGGACAAGCUAGACAACCUAGAGGUUGCAGCGCUGGUGAGCAAACGGCUCGACGAGCUCGAAUCGGGCAUGAUCACUCUCUCGUCAGGCGGCGGAGACGGCAAGGGCCUGUACAGCUUGGGUCUCCAAGGUUGCCCGACGCCGCCGUCGCCUCCAAGGGUGGCCUGUCCUCGGCACUCACCACACAGUGUCAGGAGCGGCGGCUCGCUGCGGAGAACGCUACCGCACGACAUCCACCAGCAGCCGCACCACCAUCAGCACCACCUGCCCUCGGUGGAGACGGACAUUUGAGAAUGGCUUCACGCUAGCCGGCGAGCGGGUUGUCUCCUUCCUCGAAGACCGCCGGUGUCCCUGUCACCGGUGCACACAGCUCAAGCAUCAUCGGCAGCGUACGAAUAGGAUCGUGCCUCUGCGGAUGAACGCUCUCAACGGUCACGUGUAUGAAAAA